GUCAGUUCUUCGAGCUGUAUGGCCGGCCCACUGACGCUUCAGUUUAUUACACUUAGGUUACGAAAUAUGCAGUAUGAUAAUGAAAGUGGGUGGCUUAGGCCCAUAAGCUGUGUGAUGGACUAUAAUGAUCUAAUCACUUGGAAAAAAUAUCAGUUUUUAUUUCAUAUAUUGAUUCAGAACCUGUUUCUUUCUAGAGACUGCUAAAAAACAAGAAGACUUGGAAAUUGAUGCUUAUGGAGAUCAACAUACGGAUUUGGAUGAUGACUUGCCACUAAUUGCAUUUGAAUCAAAGAAGAAAGAGAAAUCUAAGACUGGAAAAUUAAAAAAGGAGUGCAGAAAUAAUAAAAAAGAUGUUGAUGACAUAGUAGCACUGCUGAUCAAAACGUACUUCUGGUUGGGUUAGAAUCCCAACCAGAGAUAAUAUUAGUGUAAAAAAUGAUGCUGAAUUUGACGUCUAGGUAGUGUUGAAAUUGUAAUUCAACUAUUUUAUGGAUGCCAAUGGAAAUCGAACCCGGGUACAGUAUGUGAGUAGUACUGUGAUAUUUUACGGCAAACACCUAGCCUGAGCUGCCAGAGCUUUUUUUGUGUUUUUAUGGAUCCAUCUUAAUCGUCCCAUAAACUUCCAUUGCUGAACUUGGCAUAGGAUUAACGAUCGUAGAAUCAGGACGUAAACACAAAGCACCUCUGACAAUGUUGCCUGUCGCCGGUCUGGUUAUUUUACAUCUGCAGUAAACGAAGUGGUUAUACCGCCAUCAGUCGAAAGCUAUCAGAUUUUUCUGGCAAACCCAUAGUCGCCGCUUACGAAACCCACGGGACAAAUGUGAUGAUGAAUGCUAAUACGCCACACCUUCACACACGGCUACAUCUGCUAUAUUCUUAAUAUCUACGAAAAGUACUGCAUGUGUGGGAUUCAAAACAGCGAUCAUUAGAUUAAUGUAAUUAUAACAUGGUCAGAAGAAUGUCAUUCGAAUUUAGUUUUUCUUUUUACCAUUCUUUCCCUCCAAAAAUGAAUAUGCGAAACAUUAUCCAGACUAAUUGGCUAAAGUACUAUCUAGCAACAUUAAAUGAGUAUAAUUAUGUAAAAUAUUAUAAUUUCUCUAUUUCUCCCUGGGUUGACUGAUAGGGAAUGCCAUAAGGCAUGAACUCCGGCCAUUGUAAACCGUCUAUUAUGUCUUAGAAUAAAGAUACAAUGUGUUACAAUGAAUAAAACGAUUGAUACAUGUGUAUUUCAGAACAACACUCCAUACAAACAAAUAAUUUUUCAAAACCGUUUGAGAAAAAGAUUAAAUCAAAUUCUACAGAUUGUAACAUAAACAAUGUUCAUAAAGGAAACCUCAAUUUAGAAAGCCCUAAUAUUAAAUUAAAGCCUAAACUAGAAAAAGAUGGUCGACCAGUUAUUAAAAAAGGGAAGCAUCCUGGAAAGAUUGUACAAGUGUACUGUUGUAAUAAUUGUGAUUAUAAAAGUACAGAUAGAGCAAAUUUCCAAAGGCAUAUGAAAAUGCACUCCGGAGAAAAACGUUAUUCGUGUAAUAUCUGUGAAUAUAGAUGUAAUACAAAAAGUCAUUUGCAAAUGCAUAUGAAAACACAUACUGGAGAAAAACCUUUUUCGUGUGAUAUCUGUGAAUAUAAAUGUAGAAGAAAAACUGAUUUGAUAAGACACAUAAAAAUACACACCGGAGAAAAACCUUUUUCGUGUCAUAUCUGUGAAUACAGAUGUAUUAGAAAUAGUACUUUGCAAUCCCAUAUAAAAGUACACAGCGAAGAAAAACCUUUUUCAUGUAAUAUCUGUGGAUAUAAAUGUAAAGAAAUAACUUAUUUGAC